AUGGCAAAUAAAUAAGUUUUGAUAAGACGCUCAUUUCCAUUUUGCCUACUGUAAGAGAAAGUUCUUCCGAUCUCACUCUCUUUCAUCAACUUUUUGGCUGUUUUCUUUUUAUUGUUGUUGUUUUGGGGUCAUGAAAUUGCUAUUGAAAGUGCAUUCAGAACGUAUUGCGCGUAGAAGACGUGCCACACCAGAACCGUCCAUACUGCCACCAUCGAGAGAUUCAUCAAGAAUCAACAUCAAUCGACAGUCAGUGAAUGCAAAUCCAUCAUCAUGUUUUACACGCAAUUUUCUUGUAGUUGUCACAUUAGUUUGCCUGGUCCUUAUUGCCGGCAUGAUUAUUACCUAUGCGGAAUUAAAUAAGUCCAUAGCUAGAGCACUUGAACAAUAUGAAAGCCAUACAGAGCAUCUAAUUGUGGAACGUCAUCAGUGGGAAAAUGGCCCAAAAGGCAAUCGAGGUCUGCGAAAACGUCUCGACAAACCCAUACCCUAUGUACUAAUCACUCACCUCGAUGACCAAUUGGCUCCAUGUGACAGUUUUCAGCAGUGUUCAAUUGAAAUGCGAAACAUGCUAGAAGCAGCAAUAAGUCUGAAUAGCGAUAUAACUUGCAAUUUUUACGUCUCCAUGGACGGCAACAUCUUCGUGGGUCGCGGCUGGGAUAUGGUCAAUUCCUAUGCCAAUCAUUCAAUAUGCAUAACCCUAAUGGGUGACUAUGAGAAUUUGGACCCCACCAUUGAGCAAUUAAAGCGAUUAAAACUGAUCUUAGACUAUGGGGAACAAGAGAAAUAUCUUGCUGCGGACUAUAAGAUUAUUGCUCAAAGGCAGGUGAAAUCCACAAAUAGUCCUGGUAAAAAAGUUAUCGAUGAAAUCAAAAAUUGGAAACAUUAUUAUAAAUGUGGCUAUGGAUAUAUAGAUAAAUGUGGCAACGAAUUGGGCAUGACCGAGGAGAAUUGGAAUGGCAAGCAAUGAAUACUUUUUGUUUAGGUUCCAAUGAUAAUAGACUUUAAUUUUUUUUUUCUUUU